GCGUCAAAUCAAAUCAAGAACGCCUCCAAACACAAUCACAAUCACAAACACAAAAACAAAAUAAAAUACUGUAAAAUUCAAAAAAUAAAUUAUGGAAUCUCCUGAUGAAAGAAACGGUAACGAUGUCCGACAACCGUUGCUGCAGAAAAUUCCGGCGAAGAAAGAAGCGGAGGGAGAGGAGAGAUUGUGUAUAGAUGAGAUGUUACAAAGAUAUUGCGGCGAGUUUGGGAGGUGGCAGCUGAAACACUUCGUGUUGACGUGUAUUGGUUGGGCUUUAGAGGCGUUCCACACGAUGGUUAUGAUAUUUGCCGAUCAAGAACCCGAGUGGAGAUGUGUCGGGUCGGAUUGUCGGGUCGGGUCAUCUUACUGCGAUAUGGAUUCGAGUUCUUGGGAAUGGACGGCGGGUAAAGGGAGCUCCACGGUGUCGGAGUGGGGAUUGAUUUGCGGCGAGAAGUAUAAAGUUGGUCUUGUUCAAGCUCUUUUCUUCGCCGGAUGCAUGAUCGGUGCAGGAGUAUUCGGACAUUUAUCGGACUCGAAGCUUGGAAGAAAAGGCUCGCUAACAGUUGUUUGCAUUAUCAACGCAAUCUUUGGUAUCGCAACAGCUUUUUCCCCAAACUACUGGACCUAUGUGGUUCUCCGGUUCUUAACUGGUUUCAGCACUGGUGGUGUUGGCCUAACCGCGUUUGUCCUAGCCACUGAACCCAUAGGACCGAGCAAACGCGGUGUAGCUGGAAUGUCAACUUUCUACUUCUUCUCUGGGGGCAUUGCGCUUCUAUCAGGCAUUGCUUACGUUUUCAGAUCGUGGAGGGAACUUUUUAUAGUGUCAUCUUUACCGUCUCUCUUAUUCCUACUCAUUGUUAUCCCAUUCAUCUCCGAGUCCCCAAGGUGGUAUCUCGUGAGAGGCAGAGUAGACGAGGCGAUGAAGCUGAUGCAUUCGAUCGCUAAAACGAACGGGCGUCACGUUCCAGCUGGAGUCACUCUUGCUCUAGACGACGACAUGGAAAAUAACAACGGCGAGACGAAUAAUGCUGUUGAGGGUUCGCUCAAAGAUGUUUUCUUGUCGCCUCUCAUGCGGAUCAGACUUCUCAUUACAGUUUCCAUAAGUUUCACAGUCUCGAUUGUAUACUACGGACUAAGCCUCAACGUAGUCAACCUCAAGACCAAUCUCUACCUCAACGUCUUUGUCAACGCAGUGUCGGAAAUGCCAGCAUUUGCUAUAACAGCGGUUUUGCUAGACAAGUACGGGAGGAAACCGCUGUCCAUAGGGACACAGUGGUUCAGCUGCGUUUUCUGCCUCGUUGGAUUCGCUGUAUGGGGAGCUGGUCCAUGGAAAUCGGUUAGAAUGGUGUCAGGGGUUUUAGGGAUAUUCGGGAUGGCAGGAACGUACAAUCUUCUGUUCAUAUACAUCGCGGAGCUGUUUCCAACAGUGGUGAGGAACGCGGCAUUGGGUUGUGCGACUCAAGCAGCUCAAAUGGGAGCGAUUCUGGCGCCAUUUGUGGUGGUUUUAGGUGAAGAGUUACCGUUUGGGGUUUUUGCAGUUUGCGGGUUAGUGGGAGGUGGGCUUGCGUUUUACUUGCCAGAGACGUUAAACAAGCCGUUGUAUGACACAAUGUCUGGAAUGCACGAAGCUGAGAGUGAAAGUAACAGAGGAAGAGGAGAAGUAAUAUGUUAAAGAAACAGAAUUUACACUUAGACAUGGAGACACAAAUCAAGAUCUUAGAAAAUAGGUGUUUUUGAAAUGUCGAAUUGUUUUGUAGUCUUACAUGUGUAUUUUUGCGUUAUGAGUGUUUCUUGGUUUUUUCGUGUUGUGAUUUUGCAUUCAAUCAAGUCUUUGGGUUUUG